AUGUAAAGUAUGAUGAAAACACCUACCAAACCAAUUCCCUCAAAAACUGUUUAAUCUUUUAACAUAGCUUAUCCUACUGCCGCUACUGCCAUUUAAUUUAAUCCAGUACCAGGCCCAGGAACUUACAAUCCAUCCAAGCCUAAACGAAACAACAAAAUUAAUUUUUCUGCCUCCCAAAGAUAACCUCUAAUUUCCAAACAAAACUCUUAAUUAGGCCCUGGCAGUUUUGAACCAAAAAAAAUAUCAGCAACUUCUGUUAAAAUUGGAACAUCAAUAAGACCACCCUUGGCAAUUCCUACUUCAGCUCCUUUACCUGGAAAAUAUGAAUACUAAUCAAAGAUAAUCGAAUCUCAAGGUAUUGUUUUCAAAGGAAGUUCUUAUGAUCCAAUUAUAAAAGAAAUUCAUUCAAGGCCUGGCCCAGGAAUAUAUAAUCCAGAAAAAAAGAGUUCAUCACCUCAAUAUCUAUUCCCUAAAAGUCAAAGGCAUGAUUUUACAAAACAAAAACGAGGGAUUCCUGGACCAAUUUAUGAGAUUGAAGAAAAACCUCAAACACCAUAAUAUUCUUUUGGAAAAUGCAAAAGAUGA